UUUGCAACAUGAAAAUAAUAAGAUCCUAUUAUUAAUAGCAUUAUAAUUAAUUAGUGAGAUAAAUUUCCAAAAAAAGAAAAAUGAAACGAGAGAGAUGAAUUUGAAUCCUCCCCUACCUCUCUCUACAUUCUAUUCCUAAAAAGAAUUCGAAUCAAUAAAUAAAGAAAUAAAUGAAAGGCAGUGGCCCUCCCUCCUUAUUUAACCGCCCAAAACAGAUUCCCCAUCUAUUUCCUUUUUUUCGACCGUUAUUUUCUCUGGCGGUGGCUAAUCGCGGCGGAGCUUCCUACUCCGUCGUCGCGACAGAAUAUCUACCACCGCGUGGAUAUGUGCUCGUCGAAACACAUGCAGAUGCACCACAACCACCAGCGCUCUUCCACGGCCGCUUCCGCCAUGGGAGAUUGGAGGGAGGAAGCCAUCAACCGCGGAUCAUUGAAACACGUCGACCUCAACACCGGAUCCAACGGCUGGGCCGCGCCUCCGGGCGACCACUUCUCCGUCCGCGGACCUAAUUACCCCACCAAAAAGGGCAAAACUCCCGCCGGCGAGUGGCUCCUCGAUCCCGCCGGCGUCGAUUGGAUCCGAUCCAACGGCAGGCUCGACAACCUCCUCGCGCGGCGCGAUAAUCGCGUCAUGAACGCGCUGCGCGCCUCGAAGAAAUCGUCGGAGACGUUCAUAGUCGCGGUGAAUCUCCAGAUCCCCGGCCGCGAGCACCACUCCGUGGUCUUCUACUUCUCGAGCAAGGAGGGGGAGCCGAUCAGCUCGAAUCCUCUGCUCAAUAAUUUCGUCAACGGAUCGGAUGAGUAUCGGGACAGCCGAUUCAAAAUCGUGAAUAAGAUCGUGAAAGGACCGAGGAUUCUGAAGACGGCGGUGGGGAGAUACUCGGCGUGCCUGCUCGGCAAGGCGGUGAGCUGCUGCUACCACCGGGGGGCGGAUUAUCUGGAAAUCGAUGUCGACAUCGGCAGCUCCACCGUCGCGUCCGCGAUUUUGCGGCUGGCGUUAGGGUGCGUGAAGGCGGUGACGGUGGAUUUGGGGUUUUUAGUGGAGGGGCAGACGGAGGAGGAGCUGCCGGAGAAGCUGUUUGGUGCGGUGAGGAUCUGCCAGAUGGAGAUGAGCUCGGCGAUGUUCGUAGAUGUCGCCGCGCCGACGGCGACCAGUAAUAAGGUCUUUCCCGUCGAUAGUGAUGAACAUUAGAGAUAUUUGAUAGAUAAUUUUUGGUUUUGUUUCUUUCUUUCAAUUUUUGAGGUAAUUGAGCUUCUGAAAAUUUCAUGUUGAUGAUGAUUUUUUUUCCAUCUGCAAUGACAAUUGGUGAAUGUUAAUAUUAAUUUUUCUUCAUAUACAUAUGUCCUUUUCUUUUGUCCAAUUUUGAUCAUAAAAGGAAAAGAAUUACACACACAUUGCUUAUGUUUCUUCGUUUUUAAUUAAUUCACAUGUGGAAUGUAGCAGGAAAACUUUCUAGGAAUGAGUUGAUCUUUGAAGAGCCAAGAUUUUGAAUGAUAGCCACAUAUUUAGAGCACAAAUUGGGCCUGACAGAUCUUAAAAACUAAUUAUAUCAAAUGGGUUUCGUAGGGUUAUUUGGGGUGGGCUACGUUUGAAUAUAUGUGAUCAGUGAUCAUAAUAUCUCGAAUUCAAAUUCCAUUCCCAUAAGAUUUUCUUGUGUAACUUACCUCUUUUAUGUGGUUUGUGAGCGAUAAGCCUAUUAUAUAUUCACGGAGUGUUAUAUUAGGUGAACUACCGAAUAUUUAUUACAUCUAUAAAAUACUCAUGUGUGUGUGUUUGUGAAAGUCCAAAGUGGUGAUAAAGAAACAACUAAAAAAAAAUAUGCAAUUGUAAAUGAUGAAGAGGGUAUGCUACGAACAAAUUUGCAAUUACAAAUUCCAGCAAAUUAACUUGACAGAUUUUUUUUAUUUGUUUAGUUUAUGAAACUCGUCUCCAUUACUUUCGGUGUGUACUGAAUAAAUCUAUGUUUUUGUAUAAUAAUUUUCGAACCACAUAGGACGAUAAAAGUCGAACUUAUGACAUUUGAGCUCAAGAAAACCAACUUUACCAUUAAAUCAUCUGAAAGGGACAGCUUGACAAUUUCUGUUUUAGGCUGAUUGAUUCUUUUUCCAUUCCAAUCUAUCUUAUUUUCACAUAUAUUUACAUUCAUUCAUUACUUGAAAAAAAAAAAAAAACACCAAUUCUUGACAUAACUAUUUACACCCACCAGGUGCAAAUCCAACUUUCCCUGCACCAACAUCGUACACCACCUCAAACGUCUUCUGCUGCGUGUUGCCGUAGAUCGCGACGUUGCUAGCGUCAAUGUUUCCAGCAAACGCCAGGCAGAGUCGCGAUUUAGCGACGGCCACGAGGAUCCCCGUGGGGUCCAGGUCGAGCUUCACAUUGCCUCCAAAGGUGAAAGAUAUGAUUGGAAUGGACACACUCGUGUGCCUACUCAAAUCAUAACACGUGUCGAGUAUCGAGUAGGCCGGCGCUUUCGGGUACUUGGUCAUCAACUUCCGAAAGGCGGCGCUCAUCGCGCUGUAGGCCGCAGGGGGCAGACGCGUGAUGACCGUCCCCGAGUCUAUGAUGCCCCCGGCAGCCUGGAAGACAGGCUGUCGGAUAGGCAGUUGGCGGCCUCCCACGCUUAUCGAGACAAUAUCGAUGAAGUAGAAUGACGUGCCUUGCGACCGGUCGAGAGGUGUGAACUUUACUCGGGUCGGGGCCCGACCUUUGCCAAGAGUCAAGUGCCCUAUAUGGCUAGAAGUUGAUGGGAGGCAAUAGGAGAAGUAUUUGCCGUAUUUUGAUGCAGUUUGAGACACAAUGGAUAGGGCAUUUCUGCCUAGACCUAAUAGCCCUGCAGUGUUGCCAAACAAGCCUUGGUUGUUCUGGCCACAACCGAACAGAAAGCUCGGGAAAACAUCUGUUGCCGAUAUGGUGAGCUUGUCCCGGCUGAAGUACCCUACCGAGAAGGAUUGAUCGCCGUAUUGGAUGCCAUAGACGCACGUGGUGGUGGCGCAACCUGGACUGCUGCCGGUGGCGGAGGAGAGCUGGGAGCACUCGGCCGACUUGCACGAUAUGUUCUUGUACGAGCUUGAGGUCGAUGGGUUGAAAAUCGGUUCCUGUUGGUGGUAGCAUGACCGGACGCACGGCUGGCAUUGUGUCCAUGUUAGGUCGCUACCAGUGUCGAACAUGAGCGAGAGACUUCUCUUGGGGGUCCCUAGGCCCACGGUCACGAUGUAGUUCCCCGAGCCUAGGGAACGCCCAGAUUCAACGGGGAGAUUUGCUUUCUUUGAGUCCCACUUGAAAUUCUCAAUUUUGUUUGUGUUUGUGUUUGUGUUUGAAUUAGAAUCGAUUCGAGCUUGGAUCGACUCAACCCUAGCUUGAUCGUGAGAAAGGACCUCGUCUAGAGACGGUGAUGUAUAGGCCUUAUUUUGACCUUGUUGAAAACAUGGACCUUGCCUAUGGAGAAUUUCCAUGCUUGAUUGUCUCUUGUUAAAA